AGCGACGUGUUUUCCUGGAAAACUCGCGGCGACGGAUUGUCCGAUACUAUCCGUCUCGUUUUGUAUUGUUUAUUAGUUGGCGAUUAUCGUGAGUCAUUCAGUGAAAAGUUGUCCUCGGCGGCGCCUCGAGUGGACCAACGAUGGCGGUUUGCUGCAGUGUUACGUGAUCGCUGCUGGAGUUUGAUAGACGCUUUUCUACGAGACGUGUUUUCGGCCCUAGGGCCAGCAGAAGCGCGUCAUAACCAGCGCCUGAAUGCGCCAUCCCGUCACGGAAUCUCUCAGCGGCGGAUAGGCUUGAUCGCUUACUCCACUAUCCAAGGGUCUUGAGGCGCUCUGGGUUCGUACUGGGACCCGAGUUCGGAGCGCCAACCCUUCUUCAUUUCUUCCUCUUGCAUGAGUUGAGGCCAGCCCAUUCACUAACAUGCAAACAGACGUCAGCCUAGAUGACGUAGCGGAGGUGAUAGAGCGGCACAUGGCGGCCGAGCCGAGUUACCUGACCCUGGACCAACAGGCGCGGCUGCCGGUGGCCCAGCCACAGCAGCAGCCGCACGUGGUCAUCCUGGAGCAGCCCGCGUCGCGAGCACUUCGAUUCCGGUACCAGUGUGAGGGCCGGUACCCGGGCACCCUCGUCGGUGUCAGCAGCACCGCCGAGAACAAGACGUACCCCACCAUCAAGGUGAUGGGUGUGCAAAAGCCAGCCGUGGUCGUCGUCUCGUGCGUCACGAAGGACCAGCCGUAUCGGGUGCACCCGCACAACCUUGUCGGCAAGGAGGGCUGCAAGAACGGGAUCUGCACGCAACACCUCAAGCCAGACAUGACGUGCACCUUUACAAGCCUUGGCAUCCAGUGUGUCAAGAGGCGAGAUGUUGAGCAGAACUUGCUCCAGCGAGAAAACAUUCGAGUGGACCCAUUCCGAAACGGCUUUGCCCACAAGGACCAGGCGGCCAGCAUUGACCUCAACGCCGUGCGCCUGUGCUUCCAAGUGUUCCUCGAAGGCUCACAGCCGGGGAAGUUCACUGUUCCCCUUCAUCCCAUCGUGUCGGACAUCAUUUAUGACCGCAAGGCUAUGUCUGACCUAACGAUCACAAAACUCAGCCAUACAUGCGCUCCUAUGUCCGGUGGCCUGGAGAUGAUCCUGCUCUGUGACAAGGUCGCGAAAGACGACAUUGAGGUGUGGUUCGAGGAGGAGCGUGACGGCCAGACGGUCUGGAAGGAACGGGCUGAGCUGCUGCCCAACGGGGUGCACAAGCAGGUGGCCAUCUGUUUCAGGACGCCUCGUUACCGGGAUCCCAUCAUGGCCGACGUGCCCGUCGAUGUGCACCUACUCCUACGGAGGCCUUCCGAUGGUGCCCUCAGCGAGCCCCGAGCCUUUACCCUUCACCCCAACGAGAGGGAUCCUGAAGCAAUAGAACGCAAGAAACGCAAGAUUGGCGAAGGUUACUUUGACCGGUACUUUCAGGAGAGCGUUCUUCUGGGUGCAUCUGCUGCACAAGUGGUGUCCGUGCCUAGAACUAUGAGACAGGCGGUCAGAACUCAGGCAAGGCCUGAGAGCGGUCGUAGCCCCGUUCCAGAGGCCAUGGUUGCUGCAACGGCAAUGCAACAGCAGCACCACCCAAUGAUGCAGCAGGCCGGUGCGCCGACAAUGGCACAGCUGACACCCGUCAACCCUCAGUAUCGUGGCGAAGUGGCCGCGGUGGCACCGCCCGCAUACGAGCCUGAGGUGGUCGAAACGGCUGAGAAGCUCGACAGCCUUGACCUUGGCAUCGACCCCAAUGACAUUGCUCUGACCUCGGGUGACCUCAACAUGAACCUCAGCGACCUGGCCAGCGCCCCAAACCUGUCGCUGGUCAACCUGUCGGCGAGCCUGUUCGACAGCGGCAACAACAUUGCGAGCGAGUCAAACCUCAUGGAAGAUGGCCGGGGACUUCUCAACGACCUGGGCGGCAGCCGCGUCUUCAAGACAGAGCCAUCUUAAUGCCGGUGGUCAUCUUCUGCUUCUGUGUGUGUGCGUUUUUUUUUUAAUGCUGUGAAUGCUCGUGUGCGGGUCUAAGGCGAACAAUAUGUGAUCGCUAUGGUACUCGGCACCUGCUGCAAAUUACGAGAGACAUCACAGUGUGGUGGGCUUCGAGUCCUUUUCAGUUGUUGACUGCCUAGUGGUAUGGUCACUUGACAUGCUCUCCUAUGUAGCCAUUUACUGCUGAGGCAUAGAGCAUUGACCAAACUUUAUAAUUUGACUGAACAUAGUGUCCCAGCUGUGGGAUGCUUGCAAGAAACCUUCCUACUUUUAGGUUGACUACGCAGAAUGAAGCUAUGCCUAACCAUAAGGACUCGAUUGUGGUCCAUGUCAUCUGCUCGUGAGAGUUCCAGGAGCUAAGUGAUGCAGGAAGUGAGCUUGGUAACGAGGACUUUUGAAAUUUUUUGUGUUGGUAAAGAUUGAAGCAUGACGCUGUGGUGUCUCACGUGAUGCGUAACUGGCUGAAUGCAAUACGCAAGGUCCACAGCUUUGCUCUUCAUCCAUUGUCACUGUGCACACCUGUCUGACGAAGGAUGCCUAAAAUCAUGCUGUUGCCGCAGUUUCAGCAUCUCGAUACCAGAUGAGAUUCAGAAGACUGGCAUAUAGUGGAUAUUUUGUUAUAAAUGUGAUUCUUUUUUCCACAUACUAUAUGGAAUUUUCCUUAGACAAUAUAAUUUGCUGAUGAAGUUGUGUUGUAUGUUUGAUGCUUCGCAUUCUGCGCAGAGCCAUUGUUCAGGUUACACAGGACUCCUGUAACGAUCAAAAAUUCAACUUCCGAGUGUCAGUUCAUUGGCAUGGUUUAACAUGUUUAGCAUCUCUAAGCAAUGCUUCAUGAGAAAUGCGGUAAGGGGCGGCCAAUUAAUUUUGACCACCUAGGCUUCUUUAACAUGAUUCCAAAGCACAGCACACAAGUGGCUUAAUGUUAUGCUAGUGUUGGAAGGUUCUGGCACUGCAGCCAGUACUCAAACCCACAACCUUGUGCGCAAAACGGCAAAGUGCGAAAUGUCAGGUAUGCAAUUCAACUCUGCCGGUAAUCAAAUCUUUUGUUCAACAUGUUCUUGCUUGUCCAGACUGUCUCUAUUGAACUCUUUCAUAUGCAUUCCUUUAAUUUUGUAUGCUUUAUAUACAGUUGAAGAAGUUCUGUGGAAUCUGCAUUAAUUUCAUAAAUUUACGCGGAAAGGGUACAGAAUUCUUGUAAUAGUAUCCGUAUUAUUUCGGUAUGUGUACGUCUUUCAUCAAGCAGUUGAUUAUGGUGAGAUCUUGUUACAGCGUCUACUUUGCAGGUGCACAAACGGCUAUAUUUUUGUGAUCUCUUGACAUGCUGAUGAACAUCACUCCGUCCUACACCGCGAGUGAAAACGGCUCUUACAGUCUGUGUGCUAUGCAGCAAAAGCUUUGGCAUUCAUUCCCAAGUUGUUUACCCUUGGUCACACAGGCUCGUGUAAGUGUUCAUUUCUUCUAGAUUGAUCAUAUACAUGUCAUUGCUUGAAGCGCAUAUGAGAGACUGCUAGGCGACAGUGCCAAUUGUUGUGGCUAAGUGUCGGCUUUCUCAAUUUCCACUCUAUAGCCGCCUCAUCAGUUUGUAUGGAUUCCAUCAGAACUGCAUUCACUUACUUAAGAUUGCCUCUUCUGCGUGCUGUAUUCACCUAAUUCUAAUAUGUGCCGGACUUUAUAGCGGUGAAGAGAGCAUGGCCUUGACUUGCAUUCAGGAACAAAAUUAAUGUCACUCAUAUAAAAAUCUAUUCCGUUUAAUUUAUGUGUGUCGGUACUGACACUGUGGAGUCCACAACAUUCCAUUGCCUGUGUGGUACUUUAGAUUUAAUAUUCCGAAUUUUCUGACAAUUUUCCUAACCAUUUUCAUGAGUAAAAAAAAAAAAAGACUUAUUAGAAUUGGGUAAACACGGCACAUGCAUUGGGGGUAGCGAAUGUAUGUGGAAGGGAUCGAUUUUAUUUUUGAUGGCACAAUGUUCUUAUUGAGAACCACCAUAUACAGUGUUGACAUUUUAUCUUUACCUUUGUCUGUGAAUGUUACGAGCUUCUCAUUGCACCACUGCUCUCAUCGCACACUCCCAUCUUGCUUGUUUGAAUGUCUGUUAAUGUCCUUGAAAGUGCGCGUUGUGUGUCGUUUUAUUCGUGGAGAUUGUUGAGGCAAUAUGAACAUGUUUUGGGCAGACCGGUGAAUGGCGUUUCCAGAUGCUGGGACAGGUUUGUUGUUGAGGCUCCUGGGCAACUGAGAGAUACAGUAGCUCCAUCUAACGUUGCGUGACAUAGUCAUUUUGUCGUGGUUGUUGAUUUGAAGAGGAAGGGUUGGGUUGCGAUAGCGCUGGGUAAACGGUGACUUGUCGUGUUUUUAUUACUCUAAAACACUUUUGAAUGGGCACUUCUCAUCACAGGAGUGCGCUGACUUGUAAAUAUCGUCAAUGAACUCGUUUGUUUGUCAGCUGUUCCUGAAAGUGAAAGUUCAGAUCAGAGAUUGGCACAUACAAGUUUCUGUGUUAUCUGCAUGCUGAGGUGUGUGUUCCACGAUGAACUGGAAUAGUUUAAGCAAACAGAUAAUUGGGAUCAUGACACACGCUCACACUGCAAAGUGGUAAUAUUCUUUGCACGUGUGCUACGUCUUAAACUGCAAACAUUUCAAAGAGUUUUGUGCUUCUGGGCACUUUAACCCAGGAAAGCUAGUUUGGCAAGAAAACAAUGGCGGCACGCUCGUGCCCCCUUGCAGAAAGUAAGCACGUACUGCCGUCUUCAACUGAUUCAUAAACUCUGAGAUUUGCUUAUGGAACGUCACAUGACGCAUUCAGAUACGAAGCAACCUGAUGUUUAGACACUUCCCGCAGAAUGUGCCGAGGCACGAAUGUUGCUGGAUCAUGCUCUAUAAGUGUUGUGCAGCGAAGGAAUCGUAACCACUUGGUAAUGGUAGUUAACGCGGUCACACACAGUGGUGCUGCUACAGUACUUAGAUAGUGGCAUGCCUCCACUUAAGCUAGCAGCACGAAUUCUCGCUCGGUACCGUUUUGAAAUGCGUUGGUCCGAGGUUAGUUAAGUCUCCGGUCGUCUUUUCGUUAAUGUAAUGACGUAGGAUCAUUUUCAUGAUGUUUUUACUGGCAUUCCGCACACUUCAGAAGUUUACCAUUCUUAUAGUAUGCUUUAAUACCACUGUAUUGUUUUAAUAGCUGUGAUAUGCAUGAAACAUGGUUUUUCACAAGUCCUUCCUAUUGAGGCGCAUUUAUUCCUUUCCAAGGCUUUUUAAUGCUUGGUGGUGGUGCAAUACAUUCUUCAUUAUUUACACACAUCGAAAGACGCAUGCUGUUUCCGGUGUUUGAUGACUAGUGGAUUGACCGGUGACUUAUUAUCACUGUCGUGUCCUAAUUUGAACACUCCGGUGCAAUGUAGCACUUCAUUGCACGUUUGACUUUGUGUAUUCAUUACAUCAGCACUUAACAUGCUGGGCUCAGUUAAAAGUGUCGCGUGCUUUCAUGGGCAAUAUUCAAGCGCCUCCGGCACAUUUUAGUUUUAUGUAAAUAUGUCUGCACCAACUUUUUUUGGUCGUUUUUUAUUGCAUUACAGUUCCAUUUGGUAGGCACCAAGGACAUGUAUUUACAAUACCUUUGUGCCGAAUAUUCUUUUUUAAUGCCUCUUCGACCUAGCGCUCAUGCCUACAUAAUCAUUCUACGUUGUUUGCACUCAUAGAUAUUUGCGUUGGGACAUUCCAUAUCUUUUAUUACUUGAACGUUUUUUAAUUGCUCAAGAGAUUUAUGUUACAUGUUUUUUUUCUGUGUGAGACUGCAUCUGUUAUAUAAUUGCUUUUGUGAUUUUGUUGUGAGUUAUCUGUGCUUACGCUUUUGUAUCUGCCGAGACAACAUGUAUCAUGUUGGGCUGUGACCAGUGAAAAAGUUGCGCAUUGCCGAAUGUUUCGCGCCUGUUGCUGGCAUCCUGUAGUCCGUGCAGUGGCUUAGAAUGUAGCCUCCACCGAAAGCUCAUUUAGCUCGAUAACAAUGAAUCGUCACAUGGUGGCUGAGCUGUAAACAUUACAGGUGUGUGCUAUUGAUAGGCAAAUGAAGUUGUCUAGUAGAGUUCACUCGUAACUGCUACCAUUAUGUGCGGCAACCUGGCAUGCUUUCUGUGUAAGUUGGCACGCUUGUGAAAUCCCUAUCGUCAAAGCUGUUACGUCCCGAACCUCUGACGUCAUGCGUGCAAGACGUUUUGGCACUGCUGCGUGGAGUAUUGCAGGAGCAUUCUUACUGAACACUGGAGUUCUUGUAGUUAUCAGCAAG